CUCGAUUUUUUUCAUAUUUGGUGAUACUUUUUUACAACCAGAUGAGCAGAGCGAAGCCGAUUAAGGAAGCAAGCAAGAUCAGUACCGUAGGUAACUAAUUAGUUAGUUAGCGCCAUAUAUAGACACAGAAGUUGAGGAUGGGGAAAUCCAGUAAAGACAAAAGAGAUAUCUAUUAUAGACGAGCCAAAGAACAAGGUUGGAGAGCUAGAUCUGCCUUUAAAUUAUUGCAACUUAAUGAAGAAUUUCAAUUAUUUAAGGAUAUUAAACGAGUGGUGGAUUUAUGUGCGGCACCAGGUUCAUGGUCGCAAGUUUUAAGUCGAGAAUUAUUUGAAAAUCAAAAUCAUAGUGAUGCUAAAAUAGUCGCAGUAGAUUUACAACCAAUGACUCCUAUAGAAGGAGUUACAACAAUUCAAGCCGAUAUAACUCAUCCUAAAACUUUACAAACUAUACUUGAUAUAUUUGGAGGUGAACCUGCAGAUUUUGUUUGUAGUGAUGGUGCACCAGAUGUUACCGGUUUACAUGAUUUAGAUGAAUAUAUUCAAGCUCAAUUAAUAUUAUCAGCAUUACAAUUAACAACUUGUAUAUUAAAACCAGGUGGAUCAUUUGUUGCUAAAAUAUUUAGAGGAAGAGAUAUUGAUUUAUUAUAUAGUCAACUAAGUUAUUUAUUUGAGAGAGUUAUAUGUGCAAAACCAAGAUCUUCAAGAGGAACUUCUUUAGAAGCUUUUAUAGUAUGUAUGGGUUAUAAACCAAGACCAGGUUGGAAUCCAAAAUUAGAAUUAAAUAAAUCAACUGAAGAAUUUUUUGAAGAUUCAAAUAUAGGAAAGAGUUAUAAUUUAGAACAUUUUGAAUUACCCGAUCCAGAAGAAAGAAAAAUUGCAAAAUUUAUUGCUUGUGGAGAUUUACAAGAUGGAGAUUCAGAUGCCACUUAUACUUUAGAUAAUGAUUCUAAAAUAGGAGCUUUAGAUCCAGUACAAAUGCCUACAGCUCCACCUUAUAAAAAGGCACUUGAAAUGAAGAGAAGAGGGGAUUUAGUAAGACGUUAAUUAAUUUAAU